UAUUAUGCUAACGAUGUGUCAUCAGCACUCCCGAGGGCUGCAAAUAUUGGAAAAUAUAACAAUACGAGCCCUGUGUUAGCAGCUAUUUAGGAGGCAGUUGGAUGCAAACAACAAACAUUGGUUUUGUGAAUUAGCUGUCAUAAGGUGAACGCGAAAGAAAGACUUGCAAAGCGACUCAAACUGCUAAGCUACGUUCGUCUUCAACGACUGGACUGUUAACGUUAGCAGGAAAGCUAACUGGACUGAAUCUGUUGCCUCGGUCCUGACGGGACGGGAGAGAUAUGUCCUGCAGCUUAUUGGAGUUUUGUCGGCUCCAAGAGCUCAAAACAGUCAGGGACUAUUUGUUCAAGAGCCAGAAAACCAAAGAACCUUCCGAGGAGAAGGAUCAAACAGAAAAUGAGCUAUCUUGGGACACCUCUGACUGGGAGGCAGCAUGGGAUACUGGAGAAAACAAAGAGGAGGAGGCCAAACCUGCUGCAAAAGAGGAGAGUGUUGGGCAAAGUGGACCCAGCUGGAUGCAGGACUGUGUGGUGUCCAUGUCGCCCUGCUCUGAUUUGUUAGUGGUGGCUCGAGAACACAAGGCUGUCUUUCUCUCAGCUAAAUGGCGAACAGAUGACAGUGGCAAGGAGGAGAUGACCUUGGCUGUGUCUUGGACUGGAACACUCAGUGCUGAUGAAGGAGAGUGUGUGAGCAGCUCCAUCUGUAUACCCUUGGCAAGCCAGAAGAGGAGCUCCACUGGUCGGCCUGACUGGACAUGUGUAGUUGUGGGCUUUACUUCUGGAUAUGUUCGCUUCUACACAGAGAAUGGGGUUCUGCUCCUGGCCCAGCUGCUCCAUGAGGACCCUGUAUUAAGGCUCAAGUGUCGCACAUAUGAGAUCCCUCGUCAUCCUGGAGUAACAGAGCAGCAUGAGGAGCUGAGUAUCCUCUACCCUGCGUCUCUGGUCACCAUCGAUGGCUUCAGCCUCUUUCAGUCUCUGCGCGCCUGCAGGAACCAAGUAGCAAGAGUGUAUGCCACACCCCAUUCAGCUGCAGCAGCAGGCAGUGAUGUGAUCCAGCCUCCUCCACUGGCCUAUAAGAAGUGGGGUCUUCAGGACAUGGACACUAUUGUGGAUCACAGCAGUGUGGGUAUUAUGACGCUGUGUGUAUUUGACCAGAUGAAGAAUGCCUCUAUUCUUGGAGGAUACAACUCUUCAGUCAAAGGCAGCCCCCCAGCUAUGGCCCAGUACGUCACUGUGGGAGGUGGACCGUUCACAGGCUUUUACUAUGCAGUAGAGGGAAGUUCCCAGCCUCUUCUGUCCCACGUGGCAAUGGCUGUGGCCAGUAAACUCACCUCGGCUCUCUUCAAUGCAGCAAGUGGAUGGUUAGGUUGGAAUAAACACAAGAAUGAAGAGGAGGCUCCUCAGAAACACAGGCCCAAGGUGGAGCCUGCAACACCUUUGGCGAUCAGAUUUGGUCUCCCAGACUCUCGUCGCCACGGUGAAUCCAUCUGUCUUUCUCCUUGCAACACACUGGCAGGGGUGACAGAUGACUUUGGAAGAGUUUCUCUGCUGGACCUGGCUAGAGGCAUCGCUAUUCGCAUGUGGAAAGGUUACCGAGAUGCUCAGCUGGGUUGGCUGCAGGUUCCAGAAGAGCGAAGCAUUCGGGAGUUCUCCCCUUCCGCUUCCCUCCCCAGACGUCAUGCUCUCUUCCUGGUCAUCUAUGCCCCACGUAGAGGAAUCCUAGAAGUGUGGGCAAUGCAGCAUGGGCCACGGGUUGGAGCCUUUAAUGUGGGCAAACACUGCAGGUUACUGUAUGCUGGAUACCGUCUAAUGGGGGUCAACAGUGUGACCAGUCAGGGCUGGCAGCUCCACACCCAGCAGGUGUGUCUUCUGGAUCCCACCACAGGAGCACUGAGGACUGUAAACGUCCCCUUCCACCUAGCCCUCAGUGACAAGAAGAGCGAACGAGCCAAAGACAUGCAUCUGUUGAGAAGACUGACGACUGUACUAAAGAGCAGAGAGGUCGAACCGGAUGUUUUGGAAAGUGAAGCCAAAAGCGUACUGCUGGAUAUCAAACACCCUGCCAUUAAAAAGCAGGCUUUGGAGUCACUGCUGUCCAAUAAGAAUGCUCCUGUUUCAUGUCUUACUAAUAUUACAUCGGCCUUAUACGACACUCUGAAAGACCAAGAUCCUGAGGAGGUGGACCCAGCAUUACUCCAGCUCUGCUCUUCACAGCUGAAACUGCUGCAGCUCUACUCUGACAUCCAGCAGCUACAUUCUGCUGCAGACGCAGAGCCCAGCUCUGACCCUCUGGACUCUUUUGCGGGUAUCGAGGAUGAACUGUCCCGUGUGCUUCCCACCUUGAACCGCUACACUCAACUCAACUCCAGACCCAGUGUUUCUUUUGCUCAGGACUCACCUGACUCACCUUUAAGUGCACAGGCCUUUCUCUCACAUAUCGAGUGCACCCCUGAAGGGGAGCUGAAGGUGACCCGCAAGUCUGAGACUGAAUGGACCCAGCUAGGGAACUUCCUGUUCUGGGGUUGCCUGUGUGGAAAAAGUUCACUACAUAAAGUUUGCGAUACACUACAGCAGGCUGGCAUCAGUCCACAGCAGCUGCUGUCUCUUUUGCUGAGCAUGUGGUUGCAAAGGGAGAAGGAGAUACUACAGAGGCCAGAGGAGACGGUUCGAAACCUACACACAUUACUUAUGGCCCUUAGCAACAUGAAAGGUGCAGUUGAGGACUCUUGGGACCCCCAGUCUAUUUCUCCCUGGUGGCAGCAGGUUCGCAAUACAUGCAUCCAGUCCCACAAUGCUGCAGCUGCUUUGUUGGCUGCCCUUGUCGCUCAUUGUGCCGCUAAGGCUAGCAUCACCAGCCGAGCUGACAGCAAGUUGCAGUCAGAGUGGGAGGCUGUGUCCCUGGAUCUAGAGCAGUGGGCGGUGUGUGUUCGUCAGCUGGAGGAUGUGCUGGUGCUGCAGACUCUACUACUCUUGCCUCCACCCCAGGGAUCAGCUGGAGGAGCUACAGCACAGUGCUCAAUCAAAAUGCUGCUGGAGGGAGGCACAGGUGGAGUUGCAGACAGUGUUUCCAAGUGGGUAUUCAGGCACAACUUAGUCCCAGAGCGGCUCAAGGAAAUUCUCCAGAAAAAAGAAGAUAAGGAUUCAGAUGACAAAACAGAGCCAAGACAAGGAGGAACAGAAAAGGAGAAAGAGAAACAAGAGGACAAUGACAAGAUGGCAGAAAUGUUGAUGGCAGUCCGCCAGCGCUUCCCAAACUCCCUUUCUCCUGACCUACUCUUCGCCCACUGCUGUUGGGAGUAUGUGGUGCAGUGGAACAAAGACCCCGAGGAGGGCGGGUACUUGUGCUUGGCUGUGGAACAUCUGAAGCAGGUCUCCAGUGCUCAUAUCCAACUAGGUAUUUCUACAAUGAUGUGGAGUACUUUCAUUGUCAAGCGUUUUUCUGCUGCUGCCUUCCUGAUGGAAAAAGUGGGGAAAGCACCCAAAGAUCGGUUAUGUCGACGUGAUGUUGGGAUGGGAGACAAGGCUGUAACGUCUUUCCUGGGCUGCUGUGUCCAGCUGCUGCAGAUCCUCAUGGAGGCGGACUCUGCGGUGGAGGAAGUUACCCCUCCUGAAAUCUCUGUGGACGAGGUGUGGUGUGGGGCAGAGGGUCCAGCCUCGAUAGCUGAACUGGCCCUGGAGCAAAGAGGUGUGCACUACCCACUGGUCCAGCACCACUGUCUGCUGGCCUCCCUGCUGCACGCUGCUAUGAUGUUUAGCCUGAAGGUGAAGCCACUUAGUCUGUUUGACAGCAAGGGUAAGAAUGCGUUCUUCAGGGAUCUGACGACCAUCCAGCUGAUGCCCAGUGGAGAUAUGGAUCCAGGAGUGGUCGCUUUACGGCAAGAAUUCCUCCUGCGGGUCCUGACCGGCUGGGUCCAGGCUAUAGAUACCCCUUCCAGCUCAACUUCUGGUUCUGGUUCCGUCCCUCUACCCUCCAAUGGUCCUACAGCAGACUGGUGGCCCUCGUUGUGUCUGGACCUGGGCUCCCUGCUGCAGGUCAACCCUGACAUCCUGCGCCGGCACCUCGUCUGUGAGCUCUACAACCAGGGUCUCGACCUCCGUGCCGAAGAAGUGAUGUUAGAGGUGGAGGAUAAGGACGUCCUGGGCUCUCAGCUGCUGGUGCUGACGGGUCAGAGACUGAGCUACUCCCUUCUCCACAGUCAGAGCCAGACCCAGCCCGCCAUGGAGCUGCUGGCCCGUCUGCCUCCCACCCUCUGCACAUGGCUCAAGGCGAUGGACCCCAGUGAGCUGCGAUGCCCCCUCGUCCCCCUGACCCAGACCAGCAGGCUGGUCAGCCGUCUGAUUGAAAUCCUGCCAGAGAACCACGCCCAGUACAGCCUGGCUCUGCACCUCCUGGAGGCUGUGGAGGCCCUGACCACCGAGGACUGAGAGGAAAGGAAGGAAGUGGCGCUGGAGGCUGAGGCAAAACCACUUCCCCAAUCAGGAUUGUGUUUCUCAUAUCAAGUAAAUGGGACAUGGUCGAGCAAGUCAGAAACAUUAAGUCUCCCUAUUUUUGUCAUUAUUUUGUAAAAGGUUUGUUUGUUCUUCAGAUCAUAUUUGUGUGUUAAAUGUGUCCUCACAGCUUUAACAUAGAUGGCAGUAAUACAUCUAGUACCAGCCACAAGCUUGGACACACAUUCCAUGGUUUUUCAUUGUUCAGUUUUUAUAUUUUAGAUGAAUACUGAAGAUAUCAACAGGUAAAUGACACAUGCUGUUUCAUAAUUGUUAUCUUCAGGAUUAAUCAAAAAUGUAGAGAAGAAAAAAAUCUGGCUGGUACUGAGCGGAUAUAUAGGAUUUUAACAAUUUUAACCCCUCAUAUUUUUGCGCAUGUAUCAUAAGUUUGUUGAAGAGUAUUGCUCUGUGGAUAUGUUCAUGAGAUGGUUAUUAAGGAAUGACUUUUUCUCCGUCACUCGUCAUUUCUGCUCAGUCAGGUUUCCCACUGGUUUACUUUAAAAUGAGCUGUCCUGAGUGCCAUAUGAGAGCUCUGUUUGACAUUUCUCUUUUCUCUUCCCUGCUUGUGUAAAAGACUGAUGUAUCAUAAGAAAUAUGGACCUUAUUUUUUAUUUAUAUAUGCAGACAGUUCUGAACUAGCUGUGCCUGUACACCUCCAGUUCUGUAGUCCUACACACAGCUGCUCACAUGGGGCUAAUCCAAUGCAGAAUAAAGGGGUUUCUCAAAAGCUUA